ACAAUGUUUUAGAUCUACGUUUUAAAUGAAGAUUAUGUCUCUUACCUAAACAUUGUAAGUAAUCUUAACUAAACAUGCAGGUUUGUCAGCAGAACUAGACUUGGAAAUGAUAUCAGAGGAAGAACAAGAAAAACUUGAUAGAAUUGGAAAUAACCAUUCACAGGGUGAAGAAGAAAAGAAGCGGGAAAGUCGUGAAGUGGACAUCCCAGACAACGAAUGUGAUGCUGCUGAUGAGAGUGGAUUAAAGAGUGGAAGAAACAGCAACCAGGAGUGUACUGCUAUGGAGAAUGAACAUUUUGAUAGGUAAUCCUGUAUCAAUAUUUAACAUCAGGUCAUUUGUUAUUUUCCUAUAAAAUGAUUUCUCACUUGAGCCAAUGUUUGUGAUUUACACAUGUUAUAUUUUACUAGGGAUAGAGUUAUUUUCAAUACUCUUGUCCUUUAGCCUCAAUACUAGAGUUACUUUGUUAAUAGAAUACCAUGUUAUAGUAUUAGAGUAUUCUGGAUUUGACUGCAUACUUGCCUUAACCAGUGUGUUGUAUAUUUAAAUUUGUUUUAUGUCACUAAUGAACAUCCUUUCAUUUCAGUUCGAGGACUUCUUUCAGCAUUUCUUAUGAGGCGGGACUAGUGGUGAUGAACUCCGUCAGGUUUGCUUUGUCUGGGAAAGUUUUUAUUUCUCCUUCAUUUCUGAAAGACAACUUUUCUGGAUAGAGUACUCUUGGUUGGCAGUUUUUUUCUCCUAGCACUUUGAGUAUGUCCAUGGAUGGAGGCCAAAUUGCUGUUGGUGGCGGGAAAACCGAUGAGGCACCUGUUUCUCAGCCAUGAUGCUCAUGUCACCCCGUCAUGUGGGUGGUUUAAAAGUAAACUCCCCCGACUCUGGCCAGAUAUCUCCUUGAUUUCUUCUUUCAUGGUAUAUGUACCUCAUGUCGUUUAGCAUAUCAUCUAAAGUGUUACUUUUUUCUUUGAAUUCUCUUUUUAAUUUAUUUCUGGCUGCACUGCUUCUCUGCUUUUGCAGAGCCUGGGCUUCUCAUUGUGGUGGCUUCUCUUGAUGCUGAGCGUGGGCUCUAGGGUGCUGGCUUCAGUAGUUGUGGAGCAUGGGUUUAGUUGCACUGUGGCAUGUAGGAUCUUCCCUGACAAGGAAUUGAACUGCCACCCCCUGUAUUGGACUCCUAAGCACUGGACCAGCAGGAAAAUCCCUAAAUUCACCAUUAUUAUAUUUAGAAGCAAAACAGAAAAUGUAGUGUAAAGCUAUAGUGUAAAUCCCCAGGUUCUCAGUGUAGCCCUUGAGGUUCUUCCCAGUGUCUUUCCAGAUGCAUCUCUCUGCUUUCUUCCAUGUAUUUUGUGCUCUUCCUUCCAGGUUCCUCGGAAACAACCUAGAUGCCCUGUGCCUGAUGUUUGUGCUCACAUUCGAAUCUCCAAGUAGAAAGAUUCUCUCCCUUUUCUGUUUCUCAUGACCUCCUCUCUUCACUUCUUCUGUAAAUCCUUCCUUCUUCCACUUAUGACUUUCAUAUGUCAACUGUUACAUAUCAUAUUGUAUCAUAAUUGUAUAUUUGUGUUUGAAGGAAGAAUUUGUUUUCUUGCGUAUGGUGGGUACUUCAUAACUGUUUUGAGAGUUAAUCAAUGACUUAAGAUGGGUAAGACUUGGAAUUUUGCAAGCAUUGUUUUUUUAUUCUUUAUCAGUUGAAUUAUUAGAAAACAUUGGCUUCUUUGUGAAUCUUUUAAAAGUAGCAAUCCUGGCGUGCACGGGAAGAAAGUAAAGAAAAAGAAAAAUGAUGGAUGGACACCAGAAGACUGUGUGAUUGCACCAGUAUUUGAAAAGGCCGGUUCACUGACUGGUGGGCUGCUGCUCGUGAACGAUGACAACAAAGUGGAUGAAGAUGAUGACAGGCCUGCAAGAAUACCACCAUGUGAAAAGAAGAAGGUCAAAGAACAAACUGAUUACGUGAACCACCUGGAUGACUUACCUCAGUCGUCUGAGAAUGUUUCUGAGGAUGGCGACGUGCUUUACUCUACGGAUUCCAUGUUGCAAGUGGAACCACUUGACUUGGGGCGAAAAGAUUCUGUUAGCUUGUUGAAAAUCCGGAAUACAAUUUUUUCGUAUGAAAGAUUAGUAGCACUUUACAAAAGCCGCUGUGAACUGCUUAGAGAAAAGAUUAAAAAAAUGGAAAGUAAGGUUAGUGGGCUACAGAAAGAGCUGUCAGAAACAAAAGAAGUGAAAUCACAGUUAGAGCAUCAGAGAGUGGACUGGGAACGAGAGUUCGGCAGGUUGAGGUUCACCUUAAAACAAGAGGAAGAGAAUAGAAGAAAUGCCAAUCUGUUAUAUGAAACAAUGAGGGAGCAGUUAAGAAGGAAAGAAGACGAACAUAGUAAAGAAGUUGAAGUGACAGAGCGACUAGCACUCACUUUCCGAGCACUGGAAAUGAAACUGAAGAUGGACAGAAAUCCUCUGAACCAGGUUUCUGAUAGUUGUGAAGAUGCAAAAGCCCUGUUGCUCAAAAACCACAUGCUGCAGGCUGAAAUAGCCAUGCUAAGACUGCAAAGAGACGCAGUGAAAAAUCAGCACCGGGAAAAGGAAGAGAACUAUUUUGAGGACAUUGAAAUUCUCAAAGUAAAGAAUGAUGAUCUUCAAAAGGCAGUAAAAUUGACUGAGGAAACGUUAACACAGACUGUAUCCCACUGUACAGGUCAGCUUAAUGCUCUGACAGCUGAGAAUACAAUGCUAAACUCGAAGCUGGAGAACAAAAAAGAAAGCAAACAAAGACUGGAAACGAAAGUGAAAUCCUACCGUUCUAGACUGGCUGCUGCCUCACACGAUCAUGAUCAAGGUCAGACAUCAAAAAGAGAUCUGGAACUUGCCUUCCAGAGAGUAAAAGAAGAGUGGUUAUGCUUGCAGGACAAAAUGGAGUCCGAUGCGGCUCAUCUAAAAGAUAACAAUGAGAUGCUUUCCCAGCAACUGUCUGCAGCGGAAAGUGAAUUCAAUAAGCUGAAAAUCAAGCUGCAUCACACAAGAGAUGAUCUGAGAGAAAAGACUUUGACGUUAGAACGUGUCCAGAGAGACCUAAGCCAAGCAGAGUGUCAAAAGCAGGAAAUUGAACACAUGUAUCAGAAGGAACAAGGCAAAGUGAGUAAAUAUAUUGGAAAGCAGGAAUCCUUAGAGGAGAGAUUAUCUCAACUCCAGAGUGAAAACUUGUUGCUCCGACAGCAACUGGAUGAUGCACAAAAGAGAGCCGACAGUACGGAGAAGACGGUCAUUAGCAUCCAAGACCAGUUUCAGGAGGUCGUGAGAAGACUUCAGGCUGAACAUGAGAAACAAGGUCUGAUGCUGGAGGAAAGAAACAAGGAGUUAACCAAAGAAUGUAAUCAUUUAAAAGAGAGAAUGCAUCAGUACAAAAAUGAGAAAGCAGAAGGAGAAGCACUUGUGAGACAACUUCGACAAGAACUGGAUGACACCGUAAAAAAGCUGUCUAUGCCGGAUGCUUCGCCGAAAGGCACGUCAUGGUGUCGUGCUAUCUUAGAAGCUGAGGCACUGGAUUUAAAGAACAUAUUUAAAUUACAACUAUGUCAACUCACAAGUCAGACACAAGCUGGAUCUCAACAGCUGGACCUCAGAAUUAAAGACUUGGAAUCUCAAGUCCUCAAAAUGAAAACUUUGCAAGAAGAUUCUCAUAAAGCAGCAUUGGAACAAUAUAAGCAACUCUACCUAGCAGAAUGUGAAGUGAGAAAGUCAUUGGAAGAUAAACUAGACAAGUUUCAUGAGAGGCUGGCAGAGAUCAGCACCAAACUUGAGGUGGAGAAGCAGAACAGAUCUUCAUUCAGGACUCUUAGCAUGAGGCCAGUCCUGGAGCCCCCUUGUGUUGGAAAUUUCAAUAAUCCUUUAGUGUUCCAUGGAAGUCUUACUCUAAGAGCACAUGGAGGGUUCUCUACCUCAAUUCCACGCAGUUCAGAUGACAGCAUGGAGACUUACUUGACCAAGAUGCAGCGGGAGUUGGACAGGAGUAUAGCUAGAGGAAUAAGAGAAGCUGAUGCUCAGUUUGCAUCUGAUGCCUUUAGACUGUCUUCUCGAGGCUCUGUAGAUGAGCCAGAUGUGUGUGAUGACCUACUUUUGUAAACAGAAGAACAAGAUAUACAGAUUUUGAAGGAAAGAUACAUGAUUUAGAAAGAUAAAUAAUAAACUUUUCCCUACUGAA